AUUACGCAACACGGAGUCACCUGACCAUGAAUGGACCAAUGAGAGAGCAGCAUGGCGUCAGGCACCUAGCAAAACGUCCAAACACCUCGGAAAAGAAAGAGACACGGAUAGAGAGAGAGAGAGAGAGAGAGACUCCAUCGGACAUUAUUUUUAUAUUUAUAACAGCCGAUGUUAAAACCAUGAGAGCUUCCUCUUUUUCUUCUUCAUCUUCUUCAUCAUCCAGGAUGAGGAGUGUGCAGGACAGCAGUGGGGGACUGUGGGAUUCGGUGAAAAAAGCAGCGUUUGUUAUCGGAUCGGGACUUUUUUUCCUGGUGGCCUUCAGGAACUCAGUAACAUGGCAUCUUCAGAGGUUUUGGGGAGCAUCAGGUGAUUUCUGGCAGACACAGUGGACCAGACUUUAUACAGCAUUUGAUGGAAACGAGGCGUAUCUAUUCUUCAUCGGAACGAUGCUGAUGCCGACGUUCUGCUUCUGGGUGUUUAAUGGCUUCUUGAUGAUCGUAGAUUCGACGGGAAAACCAGCGUUCGUCACACGCUACAGAAUUCAACAGGACAAAAACAACCCGGUGGAGCUGGAGCGUGUGUGGUGGGCAGUGAAGGUGGUUCUGUGUAAUCAAUUGUUCUUGUCAGUUCCGUUGGUGGUUCUCACCUACACUGUGAUGUCGUGGCGUGGAGAACCCUGCUCUCCUCAACUGCCCACGUUCCACUGGGUUCUACUGGAGCUUUCUGUGUGUGGCCUGCUGGAGGAAGUGCUGUUCUACUACUCACACAGGCUGUUCCACCAUCCGUUCUUCUACAAACACAUCCAUAAGAUCCAUCACGAGUGGACGGCACCCAUCGGAGUCGUGGCUUUGUAUGCUCAUCCCCUGGAGCAUGUGUUCUCCAACAUGCUGCCGGCUCUGAUUGGUCCGGUUCUGCUGGGUUCUCACAUGGCCACCACGUCCCUGUGGUUCAGCAUGGCUCUGAUCGUCACCUCCAUCUCACACUGUGGUUACCACCUGCCCCUGCUGCCCUCGCCUGAGUUCCACGACUUCCACCACCUCAAGUUUAAUCAGUGUUACGGCGUUCUGGGAGUUCUGGACCGGCUUCAUGGCACCGAUGAUAAAUUCCGCAAAACCAAAGAAUAUGAGCGACACACACUCCUGCUGAGUCUCACACCACUCACACAGAGCAUCCCCGACACGCCCAAAAAAUGAGUGAUGUCAUCACCACCCCCGACAUGCCCAUAAAACAAGAGUAUCAUCAUCACCACCCUGGACACGCCUGUAAAACAAGAGUGACAUCAUCACCACCCUGGACACGCCCAUAAAACAAGAGUGACAUUGUCACCACCCCCGACACGCCCAUAAAACAAGAGUGACAUCAUCACCACCCCUGACACGCCCAUAAAACAAGAGUGACAUCAUCACCAUCCCCGACACACCCAUAAAACAAGAGUGACAUCAUCACCACCCUUGACACACCCAUAAAACAAGAGUGACAUCACCACCACCCUGGACACGCCCAUAAAACAAGUGACAUCAUCACCACCCUGGAGAAACCCAAAAAAUUUGUAACAUCAUCAAUACCCUGGACACGCCUCCAAAAAUUUAUUGGAUUUUAUUUUCGUUAGGAUUUUUUCAUUCAUAAUCAUCUGAGAAUGAUUUGUGCCUCAUUGCUGUCUCUGAUGUUCAGAAUAAAGGUCAGAAUCUGAACACAAUCUGGUAUUAAGUUUUAAAAUAUGAAGUGUUUUAUUGAUGAGGUGGAUUCAGUUCCUGAGACACCGCAGUGACUGCGUCCAAAUAUCCGGAUUGUGUUCAUGCUACGUGCUGAUACGGAUCAGAACCACUGAAUCAACGGCUGAGCAGCAGGUACUGAAUCAAAUGCAGUGAAUCAUUAGCGUCUCUUAAGAUGGCGGCGAAGAGAACCAAGAGGAGGUGGACGACGGCGCAUUACAGUCAGGAAUGAAAUGCUGCUAAUAACAUAAACGUGUUUUUAGAUAAAGACAUGUAGGAUGUAAUUUUUCAGAUUCUGUGUUUCUGCAUUAAUAAUAAUAAUAAGAAAUAAUAACUAUUUUUAAAUAAUCACAUUAAAGCUUUGCUUGGCUAAGCAUUUAUUUUUAAAAUGAUUAUAAAUCUGAAGUUUAACAGAAUAACAUGUUUAUAUAGGAGGUUAGGGUUAAGGUUAACCCAUCAACAUUACAAACUACUGUUUUUAAUAAUUUACCUAAUAUUAGCACUUUCCUCAUCAAUUUAUAUAAUUAUAAUUACUGAACACAAAUUACUUCACACACACAGCAUUUAAAAUAAAUAUAAAUAUACUAUAAACGUGUUUAGUAAAUGUUCUGAUUUUAAUAUUACGUUGAUCUUAAGAUUGUUAACUACUGUGUAGCGGUGCGUUAAUAUACAGAUCUGUAUUAAUGAUAAUUAAAUCUAAUUCUGCA